GCAGAGCGGUGUAGUGUGUGUCAGGUUUCAUUCUGAGAGAGAGACUCAAGCGCGCAGCAGUCAGACAAACCCGUCAAAUGGCACGACCGAAGCACACAGACUCCCACUAGAGCCGGAGCUCACUCAACCAUUAUCUCCAUGCACUUGAAUGAGCAGCAUGCCUCAGUUGAGGUCGUUUUGAAGAUUAAUAUUUUCACGUGAAAAGCGGUUUAAUUGCCUGAAAGGAGAACUUUAAUCGGUUUAUUUGAGCACUACCCCGUUCAGUGGUGGAUAAACAUCAUAUAGCCUACAUAAGUCUCACAGACAUGGAGGACAUGAAAUUGCGAGUAUCACCUCAGUCCAGUCUGGAGAGGACCUGCGUUCAGCAUCCCUGCCAAAAGCGCAUUUUGACGAACUGGAAGGACGUGUGUGCAGUCUGCGUGUGUUUGAUCUCGUUUGGAGUUUGUGUGUUGCUCUACCUGAGGACGUCAGAUCUGCAGUCCAGGGUGCUCAGUUUGGAAAAGGACAGAGACCCCCGUAUCUCCAGUUGGAUCUCUCUGGAACAGGUGGAGCCUGUCCUGUGGAGUCGACUGGAUCAGAUAUUAGAGGAGAAAUUAGCAGCACGUCUGCCGAAGAUUCGGGCGGCUCGGGAUGCACCUCACAGCUGCAUCUGUCCACCAGGUCCUCCUGGUCCACCUGGACGAGCAGGCUUUCCGGGAGACAAAGGAUCAAUGGGCAUUCCUGGAAGAAUGGGCUUAAAGGGAAACCUGGGGGAGAAGGGAGCGCCAGGAGAGCCAGGUCUGUCUAUCAUUGGCCCACGAGGACCUCCUGGACAGCCCGGUACUAGAGGAUUUCCAGGCUUUCCGGGCCCCAUUGGCUUGGACGGGAAACCUGGACAGAAUGGUCCAAAAGGUGAUAUGGGUCCUCGUGGUCCUAAAGGAGUACCAGGUGAACCUGGUCCAAAAGGAGAGAAGGGUGUAUGUGGUGACUACACUCACAGGAAACGCCGUAUUGUCAACGCCUGUGCUGGAGGACAGGCCAAACAGAUGUUGCCCAUCACCGUCCGCAACAUGCCCUCAAUAAGCCCUCUAAUCCUAAAGCGCCUCAAGCAGGGCGAGCCCGGAGCGCAAGGACCACCGGGACCUCCUGGCCCCCCAGGGACUCCUGGCCUAACUGGUGCUAGUGGGCCCCCGGGUAAACCCGGAGAACCUGGAAAACCUGGAAAAGACCCAAGAAUGCUACCAGGGCUGAAGGGUGAGCCCGGUGUACCUGCACAAAAGGGUGAUCGUGGUGAAGCUGGUCCAAGUGGACCUGAAGGCCCCAAGGGAAUUAAAGGAGAUGAAGGAAUGAAGGGAGAGAAAGGCGAUCCUAGUGCUGCAGGAGCUGGCAUCAAAGGAGAACCAGGUGCCUCGGGACAGCCCGGACAAGCUGGACCCAAGGGUGAGAAAGGUGAUCAAGGCAUAAAGGGUGACCAUGGCCAGGAAGGCCCAUCUGGACCAAGGGGUCCACCAGGUCCAACCGGGGAGCCAGGAAAAUCUUUAAUCAACAACAAUGAAAAUGAUAUACGCAAUGUGCAUUUAAUGGGCCCUCCUGGUCUGCCUGGACCUCCAGGGUUUCCUGGGACCCCCGGUUUGAAGGGUGAUGUUGGACUUCCAGGUCCCCCUGGUCUUGAUGGGGAAAAGGGUCCAAGAGGAAAGCCAGGAGAACAGGGACCCUUUGGCCCUCCUGGACCAGAGGGACCUCAGGGAGAAGGAGGAGUCAUAGGCUUGCCUGGGCCAAAAGGAGACAAGGGAGACAUGGGCCCCUCAGGAUCACCUGGUUUAGAUGGCCCUACUGGAGAAAAGGGGGUUUCAGGGCCCCCUGGCCAUAUUGGAUUGCCAGGCCUAAUGGGUCAGAAAGGUGAACAUGGGGAGAAAGGAGAUAAAGCAGAACUGGUCUAUGGGCCUGCUGGACCUCCAGGACCUGCAGGGCCAGUUGGGCCAUUGUCACCUCCAGGUUUGCCAGGACCAAAGGGAGAACCAGGAAUAGGCCUGAGAGGAGAGAAGGGAUCACCUGGACGGAAAGGAGAGAAAGGAGAUAGGGGCCAUCUUGGACUCCCUGGGGCUCAUGGUUUAGACGGCAGGCCUGGUCCAGUGGUGAGUGGCGCAAGACACGUUCCCAUCAUCCACCCCUCUAUUUCCAUCCAUCCCUCUCUUGUUUCUCCCUCCGCCUGCUUCUCUCGUUCUGUCUGUCUGCCUCUGAUUGAGCUGUUGCUUGCUUGCUUCUGUGUUUUGUGUCUUUUCUGUGUUGUCUAAUGGUCAAGGCCUUGUUUAGAUCUCUAUUGAGGUUGCAUCGGCAUGAGUAUGACUUUGAUUUGACUUUGUCCCUAAGCUGUUUGGCUGUUGCCUCUUGCUGUUUCCUGAGGUACCACGCUCGGUUGAUUUCUCAACCUGUCAACACGCGAGUGACUGAAGGGGAGCAUGGCCAAACACUUAUAAACAUCUCUCUCUCUCUCUCUGAAACGCAAUUUCUCCUUCUUUGAAAAGUAUGCACAUCGUGCUCUACAAAAGUGAAUAAUCCUUUCGCAUUUCAUGCCGUCGCAGCCCUCUAUACCUUUGUAAAAAAAAAUUCAGACAUGCUUGAACUCUGACCUUUCGAAGGCUUAAUUCCCUCACAGCUUCAGAGCUUUAUUUCAUUCCAUGACAAGCUUUGAUCUUGUAAUGUCAUACCAGGAGAGAGCAUGAUGGGAUGCGGCUGCAUGAACAAUGAUUUCACGACAUACAACUGUACAAAUGGCUGAGAAGCAAGACUCCUGAAAAAGCAAGAUGUCUAACAGCCCUUCUGUUGAUUCCUCUCCAAGUCAUGGGAGGAAAAUGGAAGAUGGAUUCGCUGUUAUAUUUACUUGUGUGUCUGUUUAUUUCCACUUAGAUCAACAAACUUUGGAGUUUUGUGGAAUUCCUCUGCAGAUUGGUCCUCGGAUAGCUCUUUUUAAACAUAUAUAAGGAGUUUAAAUUGCUCUUAUUCGGCUCAGAAAAGUUUGUUGAUCUAUUGGUGCUCAACACUGAUUAGUUUCUCUCCCUCUCUAAACUCUUAACCCACCGCUGUGCCCUCUGUUGAAGCUCACGCAUGUCGUUUUCUUU